AGUCAUAGACUGCGGGGGACCAGCAGUGACUGUGGAGGAGACUCCUGCCGCCCUCACCUCUCCCUGUGUCCCCGUGUGACCUCCGCGCUGAGGAGGCUCUGUCGCUGCCUGGCCGCUUCGCUAUCCGGCGGUGAACAUGGGAGGAACCGGGAGCCGGAGAGUGUCAUUCGGUCUGGACGAGGACGAGAAGGUCACGGUCAUCGAGGGGGUGAAGCUCUCAGAGGAUGUGCUCCGGGGGAUGAAGCAGCCUCAGGGGGCUGACAGCGACCCGCGGCCACCGUGUCCGCCAGACAGUCACAAACAACAACAGAAUCCAAAACCAACAGGACCAUCCAUCACAGAAAUGCAUGAAGAGCUGCGCAAAGACUUCGAGCGACAGCAGGCUCUGGUGCAGGAGCAGUUGGCGGGUCUGGCUCAGAGGGAGAGAGAGACGGCUGCAGCCACCGGCCUUGAUGAGCGGCUCCCCAACCUCAUCAUUGAGAAAGGGAAAGCACAUGAAGAGAGAGAGAAGGCAAAGAUGCUGGCCAGACAACUGGAGAGGAAAGAGAAGGAACUUGCCAGCAUCUCUGUCUACUAUAAGGAACAACUAGAAACACUGGAGAAAAAGAACUUUGACAUCUACAAGGAGUCGGCUGAUCAGUACAACCAGGCAGCUACCAAAGCUGAGGCUCACAUAAGGCCCCGGCAGGUUGUGUCUGUGUGCACUGAACUGCAGGCCAAAGUGUUCCAGUGCUACAGAGAAAGUCCACAGCAGACCCUGCACUGCUCCAGCCUGGCCAGACAGUACAUGACCUGCGUCCAGCAAGCUAAGAAGAGCUCGCUGACGAAUCACGGCUGAGGAACCCGGAGAAAGUAGGAGCAGGAAGAGAAGUGAAGAAAGGGGGAGCGUGUCAAAUCCGUCCAUUUCUCGCCUCCCUCUGUUCCUCUCCUAUCCAUCCAUCCAUUUCUUUAGUCUCCAUCACUGAAUAAACCCCUCCGCUCCCCCACUCAACCAUCUUUCUUGUUUUUCUGAGUGUAUUAUCUUGAUUUGUCACUCCAGAGUGUAUGAUGAGUUGAUUUAUUGUCAAGUUGCGCCGGCACAUCCCUGCCACCGCUGAAAUAAAUCCCAGUGAUCCGGCGGUGAUGAGA